UAAACAUAACGUGUAUCACUUCACCCGGAAGUAAUGAGAAGCGUUUCAAGGUUACAUAAGCGUAAAUAGUUGUUGUGAUUUCAUAGCUAACGUUGUAUUAUAUAUAUAUUUAAUAUAUCGGUGCUGUGGACGUAUAGUGCUUAUGUUUAGCUAACAACCCGACUUUGAAGUUGGUCUUUCAGAAUAAUGCAAACUUUGAAAGGAGUCAGACACUUGAUGAUAUCAGCUACCAUGAAACAAACAGUGUCAGAGUUCAAUAUGCCAGUGCCRUGGGGAGAGAUAAGGGGCAAGGUCUGGGGUCCUGACCAUGGUCGACCAAUACUCUGCCUGCACGGCUGGGCAGACAACUGUGGCACUUUCAACACUCUCAUUCCACUGCUGCCAAAAGGCAUUGAUGAGGCUUUUGGCAGCAAACCCCUCUCUCUCGGAGCAGUCAGCCCACAUUCUUCUAGAACGAGGACUCGCUCAGGUUGAAGGAGGGGUGGUGUUCACCCGAGACUUUAGAAUCAAUCUGAAAAACGUUGUGCGUGUCAGCCUGGAGCAGAGUCUAGAGUUGCAGUCCAGGAUACAGGCCAGAGUUCUAGUAGUACUGGCGGAGGAGGGGUUCGAGAAGAUGUUUUCUGAACCACAACAGAAGACAUUUACCUCAACGCUACUUCAAGGGUAUAAAGACCAACGCGGCAUGGUGGUUAACGUACCUGGUGAUCAUCAUGUCCACCUGAACAACCCUGAGACUGUGGCCCAAAUCGUCACUGACUUCCUCCAGGAAGAAGCUCCUUCACACAGCACUGCAGAGGAUACACAGGCAGCCAAGUUAUAAUCCCCCGCCCCUUCCCCACUGUGUUAGUUAGAAUUUAGAACUCUCAAAUACAUGCAGUGUGCCUGUAGCCUUCCUGGUGCCAUCCAUCCAUUCAUAAUAUGAGCAGUAUUAAAGGUAGACUCAGCGAUAUGGCGUAGAUGCAGAAAGUAAAUGGCAUAGUGGGUACAUUUCCGCAACAAUUCCUGGUGAACCCGUGAGCUGGACUGUGUGAKAGCGAAGUCUUGUAUCUCGCUCAUCUCAAUAUCUGCGGUGCURCACGUGCCAACGUCAUUCCUCUGAAUCUACCCAUAACAUGAGACUGGAUCAGUUUACAAACCUGUAGACACAGAAUAAAUUGCUACUUGUGCAAAUAGACAACUGUUGCAUAAACAGAUUUGAAAGACUUUAAAACCCUAA